AAAUGUCAAAACGCCAUCAAAAGACUGACUUGGAGAACAACAAAUUUUGCAAGUUCUUGCAAAAUGUCUAACAAAAGUUUAUUUCUAAAAUCUACGUUUCCAAGAGCACCCAUACAAAAUGGGCUCGGACGUUACGUAUGUCAGUUGCAAAGAAUCACCCUUAAGUUCUGUAAAAGUCAUGGAUCCAGCAAAGGGAUGCGGGACUUUCUUGAAAACAAUUUGAUCGACUUUGCCAAAAAUAAUCCCGGUGUUGCUGUUUAUGUCAAGCCUAGACGUCACAGAGGACCUGUAAUGGUGGCAGAAUAUCUGAACGGUGAACGGCAUUGGUUGAAUUGUCACAAUCAUUCGAACGAAGAAAUCAUCAAAUGGAUUGAUCUGUUGCGUGGCCAAAAUGCUAAUUCGAGUGCCGUUCGUUUGCGGAAAAUGUGGCACACCGAAAAACCGUCCAUCCAGGGACCAUGGACUCCGUUCACCCAUAAAGAUCCGGAAUUAAAUUUGGUGGUGUUCCCUGACGAAAAACUGUCGAAGCCAUUAGACAUCAAGACGACUGCAUCUGAGGUGCUAAUGGAAAUGUUUAAGCGGCAAAAAAUGGAACAACAAAAUUUAGAUGAAAAGCAAACGGAAAAGAAGUGAUGUGAGGAGUUUUUGUUAUAGAUAAAAUAGAUGCUAGUUGAACCCAAUGA